GUUUUGAGUAAUGGCGGAGCAAGUAGAUGGAGACAGCACUGCAGUCAGCGACAGCAGAAUGGAGCUGCAGCCAGCCCUAAGUUUUCAGAGCUCUGCACCUCCACCCAGCACAGUAAUUCGAGGUCCUCCUCCACUCUUCCGACCUCCACCCCCUCCGUUUGGCAUGAUGAGGGGACCCCCGCCACCUGCCAGACCUCCUUUUGGACGUCCAUCUUUUGAUCCCACUAUGACAACGAUUCCUCCACCUGGCACAAUGCCCCCGCCAAUGGCACCUCCCCAUUUGCAGAGACUGCCAUUUAUGCCACCACCUUUGGCCAACAUGCCUCCUCCUCCUGGCAUAAUGUUCCCUCCUGGAAUGCCCCUAGUGCCAGCAGCUAGUGGUGCAGGUGGCACAACUGCUGAAGAGAUCUGGGUAGAAAACACCACUCCAGAAGGAAAGGUCUAUUACUACAAUGCCAGAACUCGUGAGUCGGCCUGGACCAAACCAGAAAGAGUAAAAGUCAUUCAGCAGUCGGAACUCACCCCUAUGAUAACUGGUCAAGCCGGAGUAGCAGUAUCUGGCUCCAGCAGCCCGGCUACUACAGCAGCUAGUACUGCAGUUACAGUGAAUUCUAACUCCAUCCAGCCCUCCUCACCCACUCAUACACUUGCAGCCAGCCCUGACCGCAGCACUAGCCCUGCCCCCAUGGCCUCACAGCCUUUAGCGGUACCUGCUGUAUCUGAAACUGCUCCCGUGGCUUCUACACCACCUGCAAGUGUUAGUGUGACUCCAGUUGCUGUUGUCAGUGUUCCGACAGUUACUGCAGGGCAGACAGUACCAUUACUUCCACGAGGUCUUCCACCAGGUCUUUCUCAUGCAGUGGCUCAGAUGCCUGCUGCAAUCCCAGCAUUCCCCCCAGUCAUGGUGCCACCCUUUAGAGUGCCUCUACCUGGCAUGCACAUUCCUCUGCCAGGCAUGUUGCCAAGCAUGGGUCCUCCUUUAGUGCCCAUGAUGCACCCACAGCUAACCAUUACAGCAGUGCCUGCUGCUCUGACAGGAGCUAUCUCUCUCCCGCAAUGGUCAGAGUACAAAACGGUGGAUGGCAAAACGUACUACUACAAUAGUCGCACUCAAGAAUCUACCUGGGAACAGCCUGCUGAGCUAAAGGAGAAAGAUAAAGAUGGAGACCGGACUAAAGUUGGUCAGUCUACUAAUGACUUUGAGGCUAUGGAUAUUGGUGAUGUGGAACUAAAAGCUGAAGCCUCUAUUUUGGCGAAAGAGAUGCCUAAGGAGGUAGAAAUGACUGAAGAAGAAAAAGCAGCUCAAAAGGCUAAACCAGUUGCCACCAACCCCAUACCUGGAACUCCCUGGUGUGUGGUGUGGACCGGUGAUGACCGUGUGUUUUUCUAUAAUCCCACUACACGACUCUCCAUGUGGGAUCGGCCCGAUGAAUUGGUGGGUCGGGUGGAUGUAGAUAAAUACAUCCAGGAACCUCCACACAAGAAAGGUCUGGAUGAUGGCAAGAAAUUUGUCACAGGUAUCAACAAAGAGCAGCUUGAAGCAGCCAUAGAAGAAACACUUGAUGAGCCCUCUGCAGCCAAGAAAAGGAAGAAGGAGGAAGGGACUGAAAGUGACGCCGACAAAGAUGCGGCCGUGGAGGCCGAGCUGAAGGCAGCCCGGGAUCGGGCCGUCGUACCCCUGGAGGCUCGCCUUAUACAGUUCAAGGACAUGCUGCUGGAGAGAGGGGUUUCUGCCUUUUCAACAUGGGACAAAGAACUGCAUAAAAUUGUGUUUGAUCCACGAUACUUGCUGCUCAAUCCCAAAGAAAGAAAGCAGGUGUUUGAUCAGUAUGUAAAGACUCGUGCUGAAGAGGAAAGGAAAGAGAAGAAAAACAAGCUGAUGCAAGCUAAAGAUGACUUUAGGAAGAUGAUGGAUGAUGCCAAACUUAACGUUAGGACCACAUUUAGUGAGUUUGCUUCUAAACAUGCGAAGGAUCUUCGUUUCAAAGCCAUUGAGAAGAUGAAAGACAGAGAGGCCUUAUUCACAGAGUUCAUGACAGCUUACAGAAAGAAGGAGAAAGAAAACUCAAAAAACAAAGGCGACAAGGUAAAGCAGGAUUUCUUUGAACUGUUGUCAGACCACCAUGUGGACAUUCAGCAACGCUGGAGCAAAGUCAAGGACAAGCUUGAGACAGACCAGCGCUACAAAGCAGUGGAGAGCUCUGCAGCUCGAGAGGAGCUUUAUAAACAGUAUGUGGAAAAGCAGGCAAAGAGCAUGGAUGCUGAAAAGGAAAGGGAGUUGGAGCGGCAGGCCCGUAUCGAGGCUAGCUUGCGUGAAAGAGAGCGAGAAGUGCAGAAAGCUCGAUCAGAGCAAACCAAAGAGAUUGACAGAGAGAGAGAGCAGCACAAGCGUGAGGAGGCUAUCCAGCAUUUUAAAGCUCUCAUGUCUGAUAUGGUGAAGUCAACUGAUGUGUCCUGGUCAGAUACGAAGCGUAUUUUACGUAAAGAUCACCGCUGGGAAUCAGCUGCCUUGCUGGAACGCCAUGAGAAGGAGAAAUUGUUUGAUGAGCAUGUGGAAGCACUCAGUAAAAGAAAAAAAGAGCAGUUUAGACAACUGCUGGAUGAGACCACUAUGAUCACAUUGACCACCACAUGGAAGGAGGUGAAGAAGGUUAUUAAAGACGACCCUCGGUGCAUCAAGUUUUCUAGUAGUGAUCGAAAAAAACAAAGGGAAUUUGAGGACUACAUAAAGGACAAGUACAUUACAGCCAAAGCUGAAUUCAGAAAUCUUCUAAAAGAGACCAAGUUUAUCACUUACAGAUCCCGAAAGCUGAUCCAGGAGUCAGACCAACACUUGAAAGACAUUGAGCAGAUCCUGCAAAACGACAAACGCUAUUUGGUGCUCGAUUGUGUGCCAGAGGAACGACGAAAGCUCAUCAUGUUCUAUCUAGAGGAUCUGGACCGCAGAGGACCCCCACCUCCCCCAACAGCGUCAGAGCCUAAGAGACGCUCCACCAAGUAAAAACAGCCAGACCUCUGAGGACUAAACACUCAGAAGAAAAGCAGAGCAGAGUGAUGAUGAUGACUAAUUCUUCAGAAUAUCUGUAUUUAUUCCAACAAUGUACAACUGUUGCCUGCUCACCCACAGGCUACGAGCUGGUACAAGACUACAUGUUAAUGUCAAUCUGUGAUUUCUGGCUGUGAGGUAAGCCAAAGUGACUUGGUUGCCUCCAGUUUUUGAACCUAAAUAUGUAUUUUUAGUUUGCGCUUUGACAGCAGAGAAAAUUGUAAGCAAGUGUUCAUUUUCAGUAAUCAUGUACCAUUUGGUAAAUGCUGGAGAUGUUUCAUAUUUCUUUAAGUGGUUUGUUUGACUUGUUGCUGUUUCUGUACACACUGACUGGAAAUAAAUGCUCAGGCUUUUUAAUUUUUUCUAAA